UGGUAGUGUACAGUUAAUUUUGUGUGGUUCUUAUGUGGUGCUCAUGAAGAGUGUUCACGCUGAGCUCGGUUUGGACAAUUCAUCAACAAUGUUUGUAUUUUCUGACUGGAAAAGUAGUGGUUGUUGAAAUUUUGUGAACAUUUUGUACAAAUCAGAAUUGUAAAUUAUUGAAACUGUUUCCAUGGGAACAUGGAUUACACAGUAUUAUGCCAGAAACAGAAGAUGCAUCAUGUGAUAAAUCCAAUUCUUGGAAAUUAUUGGGGAGUAUAAAGUUGAAAGAUGUUCGGAAGGGGUUUGAUGGCAUUUUUGACAAAUAGUUUGUAAUAACUGGUCGGGAGUGAUGGCCUGGUUUUCGGCACGUGAAAUUUAUGACAGAAAUGUUGGAGUCUACUUGAGCCAGUGAAGGAUCGGACAAGUCUGUGCAUGGUUGAUGUGAGGAGAGAGUUAAUGGACCUAUCACUAGAUAUAUUGCCGUGAUUUCUACUCCCAUUGAUUUACACACAUAUGUGGUGGACGUGAGUUAGGCUUAUCUCACAGUGGGAUGUACGCACAAUCCUCACAGCUCAUCAUAAAACUGACAGUGUAAGGAGCGUGUUCGAGACUUGCCAGUGUAUUGAGGAUCUACAGUGCUCAAUAGUUUCAGUUACCACACUAUCUGGUACUACUUAAAUUGUUCAAUUGUUUACAAUUUGAGAACUGUUCUUUGCCGUGAGGACAUCUCGUUUGCUGGAAUUUGAAGUAAAAAAUCCAUCUGUUCCAAAUUCCAUCUGUUGAUGGAUGUUUCUUUGGAACUUAAUGUGAUUUUCUGGCCACCUGCAUUACUGACUGUUCAUGUGAAUGGAUCAUGAGUUUUGUGAAUGUACUUUCACACUGGAUUAUAUCUAUAUGUGAUGUAACUGAAGCAAGAUAGGAAACUGAUGUCAGUAUUGAGAGUAGAUCAUGGUGUCCGUUAUGACUACUUGUCCAAGCAGAUAUUGUAAAAUUGUAGUAGCUCAACCAGCCGGUCGUCAGGAAAGUCACAGUUACUUCAGCCAUUUUCCCAAGCUCUGUUGAACUUCUUCACUCUGACUGAGCUGACAUGACAGAAACUUGUUAGAAUAUUGUCAGGUAUCUCACUCUCCUGAUGGUGCUGCUGUGUCCCACAGAAUCACUGUGGUUGUUCCCUGUUGAUCCCUCCUUACAUCACCCUGGAUCUGUGUGCCGAUAAUCUGGUUCCAAACAAUCUCACAAAGACAACAAACUAUGGAAUCUUUGUCUCACCUGAAGUCUGACCGGAUUGUAAUUCUACGAGAACGAACAUUUAAACGUACACAGCAGGUAUACAAGACAAUCAGCCGUGCCAGUAGCAGGCGGUCAAGAAGGGGAAGUGCGACUUCCAGGAACCAAGACAGAGGUCACAGUUCGGAGAGCGAGGAGGAUGGAGACGGCCGUGAUGUUAACUCGGAAAUGGAGCUUCGGACAGUUGACAUCCAUGAUGACAAGGCAUGGGACACAGACCUUGAAGGAGAAGAAUCCUCCACAUCAUAUGACCACACAGGUAAAACGGCAUACAUCGAGUGUUGCAAGCGGCUUGGCAUCAUCCCAGCCUCGUACUUCCUGCGACACAUGCAGGAGAAGGAACUGGUGAUGAAGCACCACGGUCUCGGCGCCCAGGGGAUGAAGGCCAUCGCCAUGGCUCUAGUGUCGAACACCACCGUCCUCAACCUAAACCUGCGAGACAACUGGCUGGGGUCCACAGGAGGAUAUGCAAUCUGUGACAUGCUCAAAGAGAACUGCUUCAUUACAGAGAUUGACCUAUCUGACAAUCGGCUGGGGACAGCGGUUGCUGAGGCUCUAAGUCAGAUCCUUACCCAGAACGACACAUUACGCAGGGUGACACUAGCAGGAAAUGAAUUUGACGACAAAGCUGCUGGAUAUUUUGCUGAUGCUUUGCUGAGUGCAACAAAAAUAGAAUAUUUAAACCUUAGUCAUAAUAACUUUGGUGAGAGUGCUGGUAUUGCGCUGGGGCCGGCGAUCUCCGAGAAUACUUCACUCAAAGAACUGGACCUCAGUUGGAACCAUCUACGGCGGAAAGGUGCCAUCUCCGUGGCAAUGGGAGUAAAGAACAAUGUAUUUAUGAAGAAAGUGAAUUUAUCAUGGAAUGGGUUUGGGCUGGAGGGAUCCAUUGCCCUUGCCGACGCUGUAAAGAACAACUCAGUGCUGGAGGAACUUGACAUUGGAAACAACAGAAUAACCACAGAAGGGGCUGUGCUAAUCGGGAAGGGUCUCUCCCUCAAUGAAACACUGCAAGUGCUGAAGAUGGGUCAGAACCCGAUGCAGACGGGAGGCUGUUGGGCCAUCUGUGCAGCCAUAUUGAAGAACCCCAGCUGUGUCCUCAGACUCAUAGACUUUUCUGAUAUUUUAGUGAACGAGGACUUCACAGAAAUUUUCAAGCAGGUUCAGGAGCAGAUCCCGGGCAUCAAGAUGUGGCAUGGAGGCAUGGAACCGCCUCUGAAACCUAAAGCCAGGAUCCCACCCAUGAUGAAGCUAGCCUCCUACAUCGAAAAGCAUGACCUGAGGCUGGUCGACUUCUUCAACAAGUUCGACAAGGACAAGAGCAUGAGUGUCACUCAUGAAGAGUUUAUACAGGGGCUGGAGAAAUUCCAGAAGGAAACUGGUAUUAAUUUGACGGAGGAAGAAAUAGCAUCACUGAUUGAGGAACUGGACAAGGAUGGAGAUGGAGAAAUCAACUACAGUGAGAUGGUGAUAGGACACACAGACUUCAAGGAGACCCAACGACUGAGUGUGACAUCCAUGAGACCUUUGACCUCAUAGGUCAUCACGAGACAGCAACUUUGAUAUUUCCCAGGCAUUUCAUCCAAAACAAUUCAUUCACCAACCUGCCUGGAUUAUAUAUUUACUCCAAUGACUUGUCACUGAAAUCAUCUCACACUUUUUGUUUGAAAUGCAUUAAUUCUCCAUUUUGUCAAAGCCUAAACUUUGCUGGUAUCAAUUACUGAUUAAAAUUAUUAACAAUGGAUUUUGUUUCCAUUUUGUAGUUACAUCAUUUUUUCUAAUCUGUCCAAAUUCUUUGAAAACAUUUUAAGAGUUGUUCUUUUUUUAUUUUUUUACUGAAACUUACACAGUAUCAGUCCGGCAUCAGUGCUUGUGUAUAUUUAUCUAGAACCAUGUUUCGUUUUUGUUCAUGUGAAAUAUAUGUAACAAUGGAGAGAAGUUACUCCAUCUUUACAAGAUGCUUUCAAACAACCACUUUCUUUUGUUCAUAUUCUUACCCAAGCAGUCCCAAUAAACUAACUAAAAUAAUUAUUUGGCAAUUUUGUAUCAUAUUUCAACCGUCAAUCCUGUGGUUUUGAGGGAACAAUGUCUGGUCACUCAACUGUCACCUGCAGACAUUAUCCUUUAAGCUAUUGCUUCUGUGCCGCUGCAGGCUUCAUCGUUCCGUCCACUUUCUCCAUACUGUGCAUCCACAUCUGCUAUCACUCACACAGGAUUUGUAGCUCGGGAGGCAACAUUGUUUUAAGGUUCAUCAGCAAUAUGUCAUACCUGUAGUAUGUAUUACUCAAGUUCCGCUGUAUCCAGUGUAAAAGUAAAGUUAAAACCUUACUUCGCAAUGUUUGCCUUUGAAAUCAACAAGUGUGCUGCAUCCCUUCAGUAAGGAAAUAAUUCAUUAGAGUUAUCUCCCUUUAGUAAAUCUAACUAUUCAAAAACACAUGGAGGUUUCAUGUAAUAUAGAGCCUAGUCUGUAUGUAGUUUUUUGUUGUUGCAAUAUGUCUGUUGAUGUUGCAAUUGUACCCACAAUGCAAUAGUGUUCCUCUUGUUUUACUAUCAAUAUGUCUGUCUUGCAGGUUGUGUCUUGAGAGAUAUGUGAGAAGUUAUUAUCUGUGAUACAUAUUUUGUUGAUAUGCAUGCAAGUGAUGUCCAUCGAUGCUUUUAUUUUUAUAUGUUCAAAUAAUAAUUAUUGUAGCAUAAGGGUUGGAGAAAAACUAACAUGAUAUUUUGUAAUAUUCUCCAUCUAGCUGCUUGACGGAACAAGCACCAUUUUAUUACUGUAUCUACUUUUUAUAACCAGCAUCUUGUAUAACUAUUCACAAUAUUUAUUUCCACAAACAUAUCGCUUUAUGCUGCUUUUGAUGAAAAUAUUUCAACCAUCACUUAUAUGUUUCCAGCGUCACAGAAUGUUAUGUUUCUAAUGGUUGUAUGUGUCUACCUGCCAUGAAGAACAACUUCACAGUGAUGAUCUACAUUAUACUGUUGAGCAAGAGGUAUCUAUAAUGAUACAAGGUCUCAUGAAAACAAAAAUGUAAUGAAUGCUUGCUGGUGGUUAAGCUGAAUAUAAUCUAAAUCAUUAUUACAGUCCUGUUUUGGCCCUGAAUUGAUGCCCCAUAUUGAGUCCUCCUCAUUGGUAUUGAAGGUGUGCAGUUGUUGUCAGGUUAUCAUAUGUGAGAAGAAUAGCAAAUCGUACUCCAGGUCAAACACAGCUGGAAGACACUGGACCUCAAUAUAUGAUACAUCAGCUGGAAGUGGUGGGCUUCAGAAAUUCUACUCCAUACAUGUACAUAUUAAUGGUUAAGAUGCCCCAGGACAAGGAAAGGCUUGCGUCUGUUUACACACCCUAGAGUGUUCACUCCUAUAUUAGUCGCUUCUGAGCAACCAUGUGUAUUACAUCGUGACAAAUACCCUGUCUCCUGUCCUGGUUCCUCAUGUCGUGCCAACAAAGUAUGUGAAAACAGAGACCCUGUAAUAAUGGUCUCAGGUUGGAACUACUGAAGGACUGCUGUGUUGAGCAGGCAGGGCUCUGUUGGGUGUGGUCGGGUUCAGCUUGUGAAAGUAUCUCCCAAUAAUGGGAAGAACUCCAGAACAAGGGGAGACAACUCUGAUUCUGACCGCAAUCAGAGAAUCUCCAGCUUGGAAUCUGGAUGUAUCUCUGGCUAAUUCUUCUGUUGCUGUUUAUGAUAUUAACAUUUUUGCAAAUGUCACAGGGUUAUCAUGGCCUAACUAGGAUGCUAAUGGUAUUUACUGUGCAUCAUAAUUUUAAAUUUGAUCCUGUUUUGACCAGGGCACGUUGACCAUGCCAAGAAACUAUCACGAAAUUGUUAUACUGAAUGUGGACCUGCAGAAAGGACACGACAACAAGAUAUAAAUCAUAUUUAGGUUCAGAUAGGUAAUACGUGGAGAUCUUGUCAAGUCUUUCCCAAGUAUUACAUAGAGUAAGGUAAGGUUUCAUUGUAAAGUCAGGCUAAGAGUCUUGUUAUGUAUUUUGGCAGCCAAUAUCCAAAACAUAAAAAAUGACUAAAUGCCAGAGUUGAUGCGAUAUACCAAGAGAAAUGUGCUGCCCCAGCAACUGACGGUGUUUAUUAUGGACAUUCCUGGUAAGAUUUUUAGUCACAUCGGCAAUCAAUAUUUUUCUGCCACAAACAUUCCUGUUGAUUAUGAGGCUGUGUGUAUAUUUCCUUGUAUAAGUGUGACAGAAGCUACAGCUGUAAGAAUAGCAGACAGUAAGGAGAGACACUGGUCUUGGCCUCAAUUAUAGUGAUGGUAACUGGUGGCUAUCUUGGUACAGCCUAACCAAUCACUGUAGAGAAUGUUAUACAUGGCAAUAUACCAUUUUCAUGGUACCUGUUUACAUAGUAUAUUGUCUCAUACUAUUUUUCUACCAGUUAUUCACAAAACUAUGGAUGUUCAAGUUCUGACUAGUUUAAGUGAAAUAUCUAUGAUCUGGUUAAUAGAAAGAUGUAUCAAGAUUCUUAAUAAAACAUCUUAAAAACA